CAUUCUACUACCAAAACUGAAAGAUAUCACUUACUCUAACAAUUCGUCCACCAAGAAUGAAUCCUACAGUGCAGAUAUCUUCCGACUGUUCAAUCGAGGGACUGACGGUCACUAACCCUCAAAUUAAUAAGCCAGUUGAUUGCUUUUUGGGUAUAAGAUUUGGAACGGCCGAAAGAUUUGAAAGACCCCAGAUGGCUGAAUUAUGGUCUGGCAAAAAGAUUGCUACGAAAUGCGGCCCAAUUACUCCCCAAUUGAGGGAGUCUUUCGAUGCGUAUAACGAAAUGCUGGAGAAUAAACCGGAGGACUCGAUAAUGGACGAAGACUGCCUAUAUUUAAAUGUUUGGAGGUCGAGCAAUGUUGAACCAAAUGAAAAGCUUCCGGUUAUAGUAUAUUUUAAUAAUACAUUCUUAAAAAUUGGUUCACAAAAUCUCUUCGGAGGAGAAGUGUUUUGUGCCGUAAACCGAUGCAUUCUCGUUACUGUAAACUUCAGAUUUGGAUCUUUAGGUUUUAUGACGUCCCACGACGGUGCUUUGGAAGGAAAUUACGCUCUUUUAGAUCAAAUCCUAUCUUUGCAAUGGGUACAAAAGUAUAUAGAACAUUUCGGAGGAAACAAGAGUAAUGUUACUCUUUUUGGAACUGGAGCAGGAUCAGUAAUGGUUAAUGCUCUAAUGGUUUCAAAACUAGCAAAAGGACUCUUCCAUCGUGCUAUUUGUACCGGUGGUACUAUUAUUAAACCUGAGUUUUUCAUGACCCGCGCUUUUGCUUCUGAACUAUUCUAUUUCUUAGUUAAGACUUUCUUCGAUUAUCCUGGAAACAAGGACGGAAAAGCCAUGAAAGCUUUCCUUAAAACUGUACCCAUUCAAAAGCUCGUUGAAUUGCUACCUAUUAGCGUUAAUCUCAGUUUAGUCAUUGACGGACACGUCAUACUCGAUGAUCCAAAACUUAUCUACGAAAAAAAUAGACAACUCAAAAUUCCUCUUCUCUUAGGAGCCGUAUCAAAUGAGGGGUUCGAUUACGUUCAACCUUUUAUAGGGCAUUCAGGCAAUACGAUAAGAGACGAAGAGCAUUUCGCCGAAAUUGUCACCCUAUUGUGUAAGCUUUAUACAUACAAAAGUAAUAGUGAAGGAAUUCAAAACGAAAUGGUGAUGAGAACGAAGAGCAUGUACAAUAGCAAGAACAAGCCAAAAGACGUUCUCUACAGAAUGGCAUCAAAAAUGUUGGGCGAUGUUUAUACCGUUGCACCCACUUACAGGCUGGCCGAAUAUUAUGCUAGAAAGCUGUCUACUGUUUAUCUAUACGAACUACAACAUCAGCCACCUUUCAGCGUAGGACCUCAUUGGUUAGUUAUGAGUAGAGGAAUGGAUGUUCCAUACAUUUUUGGAGAUCCCUACAUGAGCAGAAUAUCGACAAAUUGGGGGCAUCACGACAAGAGUAUCAGUAUGAACCUCAUGAAAGCGUGGGGAGAAUUUAUGGAAAAAGGCUCUCCUUCCGAUUGGAAACCUUUCACCAAGAAUAAUAGAAACGUUAAAGUCUUUACAAGCAACGCUCAUGUUGAAACUUUGUACAAUGAAAGAAUGCUUGAAUUUUGGAAUGACGAUAUGGCAAAUCUAUCACAUUCCGAUCAACACAAGGUUAAAGAAGAGGAUUUUAAUAUGAAACAAUAUAUGGCUCUAUGCCACUGUUCAACAACUGGUCAAAAAUUACCGAUUUAAGAAGGAUUCUUAACAAAACAUUCAAUUCUUUUGACAUUUUAAAAUAAAUUAAAUAUAAUGUAAGGUGAUGGAGAUAUUUAUGUAAUAUCAACAAUUCAAAAGAAAGCAAAUAAAAGAGAUUUUAAUCACCCAUUUCCUCCCCCCUAACCCUCUCUACCCCGUAUUUCAAUACAUAUGAU